AUGUCAUUAUAUAGACUUCAUUAUUUUAAUGGUCGUGGUCGAGCUGAAGUAUCACGUUUAAUUAUGGUUGCUGCUGGUCAAAAAUUUGAGGAUAUUCGUUAUGAUCCAAAAGAAUGGUCAUCAAAAAAAUCUCAAAUGCCAUUAGGUCAAAUGCCAGUUCUUGAAUUUAAUGGUAUGAAAUUACCACAAUCAUUACCCAUAGCUCGUUUUCUUGCUAGACAAUUUCGAUUAGCUGGUCGAGAUAAUUUUGAACAAGCGAAAGUCGAUUCCGUUGUUGAUACAAUUUAUGAUGCUUCAUCAAAAUUUACACCAAUUCGUUGGGAAAAAAAUGAAAGCAAAAAACAAGAAGAUAUGAAAAAAUUCUUUGCCGAAGAUUUACCUAAAAAUUUACAAAAUCUUGAACUCUUAGGUAAAUUAUAUGGUAAUGGUGGUCCAUUUUUUGUUGGUAAUCAUUUAACAUGGGCUGAUUUAUAUUUUUAUGAUAUUGCAGAAAAUUUUCUUCAAGUUGAUAAAAAUAUUCUAAUGAAUUAUCCAUGGUUAACACAUAAUCGUCAAGAAAUUGAACAACAACCAAAUAUUUCCGAUUAUCUCAAAACUCGACCACAAACAGUUUUUUAA